GCGUAUUCAACAGCCUUAGCCAAUGAUCGGGUAAAUUGUGAUGUAUAUUAAAAUACCAACCUCCUCAGUUAGAGUGAUCAAUGAACUAUUUGAUCAUCUCUGCCUGGGUUUGGAGAACAAACGUGAGAGGCACCGAUGUCGCCAAAAAUGAUGGGAUCUUUGUGUUAGGAUGAGAAGUCCAGUGCCACGCUUUAGGGACGUUGAAAGGCAGGCCAGUGGCGUGCAGCCCACACAGUGGCUUCCUCCUUGUCAUGAGCAACCGAACAACAUGUGGUUCAUCCGAGAUGCCUGUGGCAUCAUUUGUGCAAUUAUCACCUGGCUUCUCGUCUUCUUUGCCGAGUUUGUCGUGCUGUUUGUCAUGCUGAUCCCAUCAAAGAACUUGACCUACAGCCUGGUGAACGGCACCUUGUUCAAUAGCUUGGCCUUCCUCGCCUUGGCAUCUCAUUUCAGGGCCAUGUGCAAUGACCCGGGAGCUGUGCCAAAGGGAAAUGCCACUAAGGAGUACAUCGAGAGCUUGCAGCUGAAGCCAGGCCAGGUGGUUUACAAAUGUCCCAAGUGCUGCAGUAUUAAGCCAGAUAGAGCUCACCACUGCAGUGUCUGUAAGCGCUGUAUCCGGAAGAUGGACCAUCAUUGCCCAUGGGUAAACAAUUGUGUCGGGGAAAAUAACCAGAAGUACUUUGUGCUUUUCACAAUGUACAUUUGUCUGAUCUCUCUGCAUACCUUGGUCAUGAUGGUCUUUCAUUUUCUCUACUGCUUUGAAGAUGACUGGACAAAGUGCAGUACAUUCUCCCCACCAGCCACUGUAAUUCUCCUCAUCCUCCUGUGCUUUGAGGGCCUCCUCUUCCUCAUCUUCACCUCUGUGAUGUUUGGCACCCAAAUCCACUCUAUCUGCACAGAUGAAACGGGCAUAGAGCAGUUGAAAAAGGAAGAGAGAAGAUGGGCUAAAAAAACUAAAUGGAUGAACAUGAAGGCGGUAUUUGGACACCCCUUCUCAAUAGCAUGGUUGAGCCCGUUUUCCACACCCGACCACGGGAAAGCUGACCUCUACCAGUAUGUGGUCUGAGCUCAGGAAGCUUUAAAGUAGAUCCUGGAGGGCACUUCUACUGCCCUUAUAAUCUAUCGCAUCAACGUUUUUUUUGUAUUCUAAACUUGACUCUGCUCACCAGUGAGGCUAAAUCAUAUUUAUCAUUUUUUUGGGGAACAAAUCAUUGCUCAUCCAAUUACCUUGCCUCCGUUCAAUUUCAUUUAACAGAAAGUGGAAGCUGUACAUUUAACGUGUCUCAAUCAGACGCAUCUCUGCCUGGCUAUACUAAAAUGAAGAUGAGUGAUGUUGAGAUUUUAGAAGCCAAUGUAUGCUAAUGUGAUUACUACUGUAAUCUCUUCACAAUGUUGCUAGACUUUUCAAUUAUGGCCUUCUUGCUGAGAGUACUUAUAAACUUUCUUUUAAUUCUUCUUACCUAUUUUUAAAUGUAAAAUCUUUCCUGGUUAAAAAGAGCACUGAUAACUGUUCGCUAAAAUUGUAUAUUACGCACACAGAUACAAGAGAUGUUUAAUAUGGAUCUAUUAACUUGGGCUCUACACUUCAGUUUAUGGAUUUCUAUUGAAAAUCGAUUGGUGUAAUUUUCAGCAAAAUAUUUAGUUUAUUAUUAUUAUUCUCUUAAAGAUUACUCAAUUCAAUUUGAUAUAAUUUUGUUAGGAAAUUUGAAAUGCAUAAAUCAAAAUGUAUCUUUUUUAUUAUUAGUGUAAACAUAAUAGUACAGUAUAAACAAUAUGGCAAUCUUAAUUAGAAACAAAUAGAUUCUAUUAAGACUAAAAUUAUACAUCACGAAAUCUGAAAUUUGAUGACAAAGGUUCAAUUUGAUUAAAUUAUUUUCUAUGAUUCAUAGAAUCAUAGAAAAUACUUUGAAAAAUAUGAUGAAGACACAUAUUUAACACAUUGUUUUUUGGAUUAGAAAUAAAUGCAUGUAGCAGAUAUUAUUAGUAGAUAUACAUUAACUUGAUAUUAUCAGAUAAUUUGCACACAAUAAUAACAUUGCAAUUGUCAGUAAUUGAAAAUCAGUAAUUGUCUUACAAAUUUAAAGAAUGUGCUUUGAGAUAUUAUGGGCAAUUAUACACAAUUUUAAGUGAAAAUAGCUAUUUUACCAAUUAGAAGCUCUUUGUUCAGUUCUAUUUACCUAUUGCAGAAAAAUGGUUAGGUUAUCAAGGCAUUUAUUAUUUAUUUAAGAGUUGGUUUACUUCCUGUGUUUCAGUACACUAGGUUUGAAGAAUGGCUGGAGAAGAAAAAGACUUGUUAUUGAAAUAUUCUGUAUCUUCACUGAGUUUGUACAUAACCGAUACAAAUUGUGUUUUGGGUAGUUCAUUGGUCAACCAUUGUUGCUAUUGUUUUGGUUAAUUGCAUAUAUUUUACAUUUUAUUAAUAUGCAUUUUUGUUAUGAUGAAUGAAAUGAAAUAUGCGUAACUUUUAAGUGUGUAUGAAAAAGACAAUCCUUUUGUUCUUUGAAAAUUGCUAAUUAAAAACCUAAAAACCUUGGAUGUUGAAACAGUCAUUAGUCCUUUAGGAUUCCACCAUAUCACCACAGCAUUGUUUAGCAUUCAAUUUCUUUGCUUUGAAGAAGGAAUUACAGCAAAACCAAGAUAAAAACAGCAUUUACAUUGCACAAUAACUGUGUUGUAAUCUCUCAAGAGGUCCAAAUAUUUAAAAAAUGUGCUUGGUUUGUAUCUUCCUCCCUACUUCCUCUUCCUCUGUCACUACUUUUUGCCCUGAAUAUUUUUCCAUCUCUUAUAUGUGUAUUGUUUUAUGAAUGGUUCUGUUGCUCAGUAAUUUCCAAGGAUUCUUUCUAUCUACAUUUUGUAUCUUUUAUGAGACUUAAAAUGAAUGGAGAGAAAAAAAAAAGCCUCUAAUCAUAUUUAAUAUUUAAUUCAUAAAACAUAUUUAGGCCUGAUGUCACUGUUUGAUUGGUGUGAUAUAGAGGUAAGCUUUGAUCGCUGUCAGUAUAAAACCAGUUCCAACACAGCCUAUGUUCUUAUUGCCUGAACGCAUGCUAUUUGAAAUGGUUUGCUACUUUUUAUUUAUUAUUUUAUUAUAGACAUUUCUUUAGGAACGAGAAAGCAUGCUGCAUGCAUUUAGUUUUUUUAAAUGUUUAUUAUUUAUGCCAUAAAGUGACCGUAAACCAUUACUUCCUGUUGAGUUAUCUCUCUCAUAAAUUAUUAAACUCUAGCAGCACUACGAUGCAUGAAUUAAACAAAAUCCUUUCCCAUCCCCCUCUUUACUGUAGUCACCAUUUGCAUUUGUAUUUUCAGUUCAAUCAAUGAAAUUUAAGUUGGUAAUGUGCCAUUGUGGAUGUUCCCUAUCAAUUGAUGAAUUUUAUCAUUAUAU